UGCUCGGGGGCCGCCUUUCAGUACGUUGAGUGCAAGCCGAGCGUGUAAACGUCGAGGCCGUGUUGGGGCUUUCUGCUGGUCGGGCUGCUAACAGUUGUCGCAGGGAUUCACCCUUCGCUUUCACAGUGGAAGAGAGAGAGAGAGAGAGAGAGCGAGGAGAGAGCCUGUGGGGGUAUAAAGUACAGCCCAGCAAAAAAGGCGAAUCCGUAUGCUGUACAGUAGUGCGAGUACACCAACAACAACAAAAAAAAGCGCAGGAUACAGAGUGAAUAAAAACGAGUGCGAGCGAGCGAGAGAAAGAGUGUGUGUGCGUGAUUAAGGAAGAAAAAACACAGCAAGAGAGUGAUUAAAAGCGAGCAAAACGCGGUACAUCGUGGGAAAACGAAGAAAAGCAUCCCCAACGCACACACCAAAAAAAAGGUUUGAAAGAAAAGCCACCCCUAAAUGAGGGAGAGCAAAAGUGGGGUCUUGCAGUGAGAGAGCGAGAAAGUGAGUGAGAGAGUGUGUGCGCGCUUAGCGAGAGCUGCUUGCGGAGAGCGUGAUCACGCUCGAUUGCUCUUGCUCUUGAGGUCGAGCUUCGAUUGCUGAGUUGGAAUCGAUUCCCGAGCCCAUCGAAGUAGCAGCAGCAGCAGCAGUGUGGCUACAGUGUGGUACGCAGAUUCGUUUGCUUAUCAGUGAAGAAAAAUAGUACACAGUGCGGUCGUGUACGUCAAGCACAAUCUGGAUGUUGUGAGUGAAUAAGUGAGCGGAAAAUAUUUGGAAAAUCGUCAAGGAAAGGAUACUGUUGUGGUUUUAUCGUACAGUGAAGCCUUGACCUGGUACAAACGCAUUGUCCGCAAGAUCCGAGCUCUUCCAUUUUCCCACGCCACCAGUCAACUCCCGUUUGUCAAGGAUUUGUGGAUUAGUUUCCGGAUGGUGUCCGUUUUUUGCAUUGCACUCUCUGUAACGGUGUAAAAGUAUCGUGAUACUUCUCACAGUAAAAUCCAACGUUCUUCCAUUACCGUGCGGUGCGUGAAUGAUUCUACAGUUAGCACUAACGUUGCUGUACUAAAAACAAAAGCCCCACACCUGUGUACCCGGUGGUGCGCUCAAUGUGUGAGCUCGGAAACAGUGUGUGCCACCAAUAGAUGAGCGGCUGCCCUCGAACGCCCGAAGUCGAACCACGCCAACGAGGACGAUAACGCCGCCGACAAUCGACGACGGUUCGGAGCUGGUACGCAUUCGCCCCCUUCGCCGACGCCACGUCAUGACCGGAGCUGAGGUAACCGUCCUCCCGGAUCCGGUGACGCAGUGAUGCGGCGAGGGUGCAAUGCUUAUCUCGCCCGUCUCUGUUUCAGGAGUUACGAUGCAUGGGCUGAGUCACCUGCAAACCGGCUCAACCCUGGAGGCGCUCACGCAGGCCACGAUCAUCCUCAUCCUAGCGGUCGCCAUCGUCAUCUCGAACCUCAUCGUAGUAGCUACAUAUCUUAACUUUAAGGGACCUCAUGAGGUUAUAAACUAUUACCUGCUGUCGCUAGCGGUCGCCGACCUGCUGUGCGGUCUGUUCAUCGUUUCGCUCUCGGUGUAUCCGGCCUUCAGCGGAGAAUGGAUAUACGGCGACGUGGUGUGCCGGAUGGUCGGCUACCUGGAGGUGACGCUCUGGUCGAUCUCGGUCUACACCUUCAUGUGGAUCUCGGUCGAUCGCUAUCUGGCGGUGCGGAAGCCACUGCGCUACGAAACGAUCCAAACCAAGACGAGAUGCCAAUGCUGGAUGGCGUUCACGUGGAUCUCGGCAGCCAUGCUUUGCUGUCCACCGCUGCUCGGCUACAACGAGGCCAACUACAGUAAAACCACCAACAUCUGUAUGCUCGAGUGGGGCAACAUGGCGGCUUACAGCGCAACGCUGGCAAUCCUAGUCCUGGGGCCGAGUGUCAUCUCGAUCGUCUACAACUACGGCUACAUCUUCACGAUGAUGCGCAAAGUGCGAUCGGGUGCACCGAUCCACGAUAAGGAGUACGCCACGGCGCUCGCCGAGAACCUAGCGAACCCCAGUCACUGCAUGUCGUUCGCAUUGGUGUUUUCCUUCUGGAUCUCGUGGGCACCGUACAUUGGGUUGCGCAUCUACGAGCUGGUGUCCGGGGAGACGAUCGACAAUCCGCUGCUGCACUUCGGCGCCGUCUGGAUCGGCAUCCUCAACUCGUUCUGGAAGAUCAUCAUCAUGACGAGCAUGUCGCAGCAGUUCCGGCUGCUGGUGCGGCUCCUCUUCCUCACGAUCUGCUGCAAGACGAAGGGCCGGCUGCAGGCGGAGCUGAUCGGGCUGGAUCCGGACGACUAAGGCGGGAAGGACUGCACAGACGGACGGAUGGACUUCACAAACACGCGCACUGCUCUGGUCAGCCGGUGAGCACGAUUCCGGAGAGUUGAAUCGAACGAUCGUACAAUCAACUUUACUUACACACACACACAUACACACACAGAUACACACAAACACUUUGUGCUAUUAAACUGUACCGACCCGAACCCGGGACAGUCCCAGAGGAGUAGGGUUAAUAAGGGAGUUAGGGUAGUUGGCAGCGAACUCAAAAGAGAGAACAAAAAAAAACCACGCGCUUUUUAUUCGGCAGGGUUAGAGCAAGGUAGUUCCCGGCGUACAAUUACCACUCAAGCGAAACCAUCGACAGCAAACUGCACUACUACUACUACUACUAAUACUGCUAUUGCUACUAUCGACUACUACUUCUACCACUAAGAAGAGCGCUGACUUAGGCCGCCGUUAGACAGCGAUGGCAAACAUUGUAUCUUAUUCUCCCUUAUAUACCGCCCGCGCCAUAUAGCCGUACUCCUCUUAUACACAGUAUAAACGUGCGUGUUUACAGGUUAUCCCGUUUUACUUCAAUCGAUAGGCCGUAGAAAGCGCCGCUAUAAAGCUGCAUUAACUUCUAGCUGCUAAGAAGGCGGGAGCAGAUCUCGACAGCUAGUAGCCUAGUACACUAUGCACCUGCUACUGCUGCUGCACCCACUUUGUCGCGUGCCUGUCUCUCGGGUAGUGUCUCUCGGCGCGGUAGACUCAAUUACAUUGCUACAAAACUGUGGGCUGUGUAUGUGUGUUUGUGGGAGAAAGGCGCAGAAUGAUUGGAGAAAAAAAAACCUAUUCCCCCCAUUAGAACCUUUUGAACAAUCAAUCAAUUUGUCUCGAAUAGAUCUUUCAAUGUUUGUGUGCUGUUUGUUGGGCGACGUUGCGCUCUAAGCUAGUACUGUGCAGACCGUUCGUGUUGGAGAGGCAUGAAAGAAUGCAACAAACUAACCUUUUGAGUGAGACAGCAAGACGAGCUGCUGCGAUGUUUCUUUCUCCACGUGCGUUGCGUUCCAGCAGUACGAUGGAUAGAGCGAGAGAGAGAGAGAGGACUUCAGCAAAUGAAGGUUCCGGUACUUAAGCAAACACACUAUUUCAGGGCUCACCAAUAACCGAUACAUACUGUGGAUCGAAUUCAUACGCUAUCGGAAUCAAUAUACAAGGGAGAGAAGGCGAACAGGAAGAAGAAAAACACACCGAAACUGCAUCAGUGAAGUAGCGCAAAGCGACUACAGUUAGAUGAUAAAUAUUUGCAAACCAUGCCAAAAAGCUAAGAUGGAAGAUGGUAUAAACUACCAAACAAACUAGCGAUACAGCAGGCGUGACAGAAGGACAGGGUUAGGAAGUAACGCAUCAGGCCGCUACCACUAGCAAGCAAGCAAGCAGCGCUUACUACUGCACACGCUUGCAAACAAAAAGAGAGCCAAAAAGCCGUACAUAGACAGCCGCAAGCCGAAAUCCAAGGCGUAUAGAGAUUGUAGGUACGCCAGCCUGUCAGCAGUUUCACGUGUAUGGUUAUAUUUUCUAGAUUUUUAAACGAGUGAGACUAAACCAAUGUAAAAGUAAAAGUAAACGAAACAAAACACACUAUUUGCACGCAUCGCAAAGGAAUGCUUGCAAUUGCAACACACACACAGGCAAGUGGAAAUAUAGAGAGAAAGAGAGAAACGAAACAUAUAAACAAACAAAACAGAAAAGGGAAGAAAGACGUAAGCAAACAAACAAACAAAAAACAGUAAGUGUGCAUGUUUAAUCUUUAAUAAAUGAAAACCAAAUAUUAUAGUAGUAGACAGCGAAGGGCGAAAGAGAAACUUGUUAAACGAAAUGCAAAACAAAACAGUAGCCAACUGCACCAGCUAAUCGCGCAGGAUCGGAUUGUUUGCUCCGAAUCGCAUGCUGGAGCAGUGUAUGAAACUAAAUGUGCGAUCUCAUCGUUAGAGCAGAUCAGUUUGGUUUUCGACAGCUCAUCCCACAUUUUUCGGAGACAGGGCGUUGUGAGUACUCUUCUCCUGCCCACAUCGAAGCAAUAAUACCCCACCAUUAGGCGGCCCCACACAAUUCCUUUCCUCUCCCACCCGUGCGCAUUGUUAUUCGUUAGUAGACCGGCUGCUUUGUUUUUGGGGGGAGACUGCGUAAUUAUCUAUUGCCAGGUUAUGCCAGUCUCCAGACAAUGGGAAACGAUGCAAAAGUCUAACCAGUUUUGUUAGCCACUACUUAUGUACAUAGGGAAACACUUUCGCUCUCUGUUUGUUAGUAGCGUUUGGGUUAGACACCGUAGAAUUUUGCUGUUAAGUUGGAAUAUUGUGCAAAGAGAAGAGCGUUUUAAUAUUCACGACUCUCUUUUGUCCUGAUUAUUAAUGUGAAUGCUUAAUUUUUUAUUCUAAAUUAACUUGAACAGUCGCGGAACAACAACGAACCUUUUCGGUCCCGGGUCCUACUAGCAAAGCUUUCGGUUUUUUCCUCCCAAAAAAAAUAGAAACAACCUUUGUGCAAAAUCAAUACAGUGGCAUGAUGAACUAGACACCACAGAAGUCGGUGAAAGAAUAGGCUAAUAAUUAUUUAAUCGUAAGUUCGUUAACAUUUCGUACAAAUGUUUGUUCGAUGCUCUUAGUAGUCGUUACCAGAAAAAGAAAAACAAAAAAACCCGCAGAUGCGAAACGAGUACAUAAGUGAAAAAUAGAACACCAGAAUCACGAAACGACGCAAACACACAGGUAAAAGCAAGCUGGAAUAAAAGUUAAAUAAAACAAAGUUAAUAAGCUAACUUAGGCAAGCUAAUAGGGACAGGAAAAAUGGAGCAGCGCAUUAAGCCGUACUGCAAUAAGUAAUGAUACACAGAAGUAAACGUAAGCAAGUAAUCGAGUUUAGUAUGGUACGGUAGCGUAAAACAGGAAGGACGGUCUCGAUCGGUGGUUUAACGUCGCGGGUACGAACACGGGCACGGGAACUAAUCUUAAGAAUGCAGGAAAAGUAAUAGUAAUGACACUGAAGAAAAACAGGGACAUUUCCUUAGCAAAUGGUUCAAUCAUUCCUUUAACAUUUGUUUGUAAGAAGCAGCCGCAGCAGCAGCAGCAGCAGUUAGAGAAAAAAAGAGCGCAAAGGAGUGUGAGUUUUGACACAAUACUUCCACAAUGGAUCCUCCUUGCAUGUGAUCGACCGCGAACAGCACUGGUGCACUGGAUCCAAUAAUGUCCUUCCAUGCGAUCACUAGCCAGUUCUACUAAUAAUGUUACGUUUAAAACCACAGCUACUAUUACUAUUACUACUACUACUACUACAGCUACAUCUACACCUGUCUUAGCUCAACUUUGCAUUGUGCACAGAAAGGUGCCGAAAUAAUGUAUCAGUCAGACACACACUCACACACACUAGUGCCCUUUUCCGCUCGGCCCACUACUUAAUUCGGGAGCAAGCAAUACCAAAAAGCUUCCCUCCCUAGCCAGUCCCCGCGCCCCAUUAACCAGUCUGUACUAUCAUGGUUUUGGCAUAUAUGUUUCCAUAAGGCCUACAUACACACCGAACUAACACAUGCACAGACACACACACACGUACAUAAUUACCAUGUAAUCCAGGGUAGCAAAAAAAUGUAGGGAUGCUAUUUCCCGUGCAAGUCCCGUGAAAUUCGUCACACGCGCGUGUAACGCCUCUCCUGGCGCCACGGCGUGUUUGUUUAGAUUAGCAACUCUUUAUCAGAGAUCAAACAUGGUUGUUGAAACGGUAAGGUAAAUGGAAUAACGAAACUGCCCCCAAGUGAUGGCGAACGUUUGUUUUUUGGUGUGAGUUGCCAGCAUGUCAAAACUAUUUCCUUCGAAACGGGGUAAAGCGUAACGCCCAGACAGAAACCAAAGCAACGUACUUGGCGAGUGACGAGCAGGAGGUGAUCUUAAUUUACUAAAACAUGUAUGAACCCUUUUAACGAUCCUUACUACAACAAGCGGUACGGUUGUUGCUUCAUCACCGUGUCUCUGAUCGCUCUGAUCAAGAUUUCAUCCCUCCGGAGUAAAUCGAUUUUAAGCUAUACUUCUUUCACACACUGCGCAACACUAGCUGAUAGUAGCGGGAGCUGAUAUAGGGAAGAAGACAAAAAGAUAGAGCUACGUUUUAAACGACUUGCAAAAACAGAAACCAGAUCCGUAUAAUCUCACAUAAACAAAAUCACAUCUUUUUAAGAACAAACUUGCACCGCUACUGAAAUUCAAAUCCAAAUAUAACCGUUACAAUGCGUUACACUCCGAUACGCGUUACAGUCUAAGUAGCCCGCCAAUUCAGCGGAGUCUAAACCGUUGCUUGUAGUGUACGGAAACGUUGUUCAAUCCAGGAUUAGGCUUAUUAGGUCGGUGGUUUAGUAGGGUCUGUGCGUGAAGAGAGUGCCGAAAACCCGAAAAUGAAAAAAAGUGUGGUUGUGUGGUUUUACUUCUACUACAUUUUCCACCCCGUUGUCACGUGUUACCCCGUACAGCAAAGGCACACCAGCCCGUGCCGUGGAUGAGUGUGUGUGCGUGCACAGGGGCUGUAUGUAAUUCCAUAUUUCGCUGCGGUCGUAGACUAGUGUUCACUAACAAACAAAUACACAGUGAUGGAGAGAGAGAUAGAGAGAGAGCACGGUUGGUCGUGAUGACUCCCGUUCACGUUUAGUACAUGUAUGCGCAUAUACCUUAGUCAGGUUAAUAGAAUUGCUCAGCUCUGAGUGGACGAAUUGGGACGCGUUUCGGGCGAACUUUCUCACUUUUUCUCUCUCACACUCGAUGGAUGACGCUAUAAAGUCGAACAUUUAAUCUCAUUGGCUAUUGAUACGUGUAAACAGGCAAACAGAAAACAGUUUCAGUAGUACUUGCGGCUAAGCUUAGUGCAAACAAACACACACACACAAAACAGAAAGCAAACCAACCGUUGCUUGAAUUUGACGAACGAAUUUAAUCGAUACGUUUCACGGGAUAUUUAUCUGUUUGGUAUGUUUUAUUUGUUUCGUUACAUUGUUUUUCAAGAGUUAAUAAGAGUUUUACAAAAGUUUUAGAUGGUUAACAUGUUCAGUUCUUUUACUAGACAAUUUAUCAACUUUUUAUUCAAAUUUAAAAGACAUUAUUUUCAUCAAUACUUCAAAACAAUUGUUCUACUUUAUAAUUUAUUUACACAAUACUUUAUAUUAUCUUUCUUUGUUUAUUCGUUACAAACACGACUGCACUUGCCGGUCAUAAAAAGGCGUGAGCACAUAGGACAACUAGUUAUACAUGGGGAGACAAAAAAACAACAAAACUAUGUACAAGGCGCAAAUGAAGGCUGCCGGAACAAAAUGCAAACCAAAACCACACAUGUACACACACUUUGUAGAAGCUUUCGUAUAUAAUCAAUUAAACAAA